CACAUCCCACCACCACCACAACAACAAGCCACCACGACAGCAUCUUCUUGUCUGCUCCAGAAGACAGCACAGUCCGGGUGCACCUGAGCCAUUCUCCUCACCAGGCUCUUGAACGGGAAAGCGUCUUCGUGCCGCCUUCUUGUACGCUCGUCUAGAGCUCCUUGAACUCACCCACGACGGGCAUCUACACACACAUCCUCCUCCACCAUGUUUGUGAGAAAGAGAGAUGGACGCCAGGAGCGUGUCCAGUUCGACAAGAUCACAGCCCGUGUCUCACGGUUGUGUUACGGACUUGACGCCGAGCACGUUGACCCUGUUGCCAUAACCCAGAAGGUCAUCUCAGGUGUCUACCCAGGCGUAACAACAGUCCAGCUGGACGAUCUCGCUGCCGAGACUGCUGCGUACAUGACCGUCACACAUCCCGACUAUGCCAUUCUGGCUGCCCGCAUUGCAGUUUCCAACCUUCACAAGCAGACCAAGAAGCAAUGGUCGUCGGUUGUCAGCGACCUCUUCCACUACGUCAACCCAAAGAACAAGACGGCCUCCCCCAUGAUCUCCCAGGAGACGUAUGACUGCGUCAUGCGGCACAAGGACGAGCUCGACUCGGCCAUCGUGUACGACCGUGACUUCAACUACCAAUACUUUGGUUUCAAGACUCUCGAGCGGUCAUACCUGCUCAAGCUCAACGGCAAGAUCGUCGAGCGUCCCCAGCACAUGAUCAUGCGUGUGGCUGUCGGCAUUCACGGCGAUGAUAUUGAGAGCGCCCAGCUUUCAUCUUGCUUCCUCGUCGACAUGAAGGACGACAGCAUUGAGGGUAUCUACGACACUCUCAAGACCUGUGCCAUGAUCUCCAAGAUGGCUGGUGGUAUCGGCCUCAACAUCCACCGCAUCCGCGCUACUGGCUCCUACAUCGCCGGCACCAACGGCACCUCGAACGGUAUCGUUCCCAUGCUGCGCGUGUUCAACAACACUGCCAGAUACGUCGACCAGGGUGGCAACAAGAGACCUGGUGCCUUUGCCAUCUACCUCGAGCCCUGGCACGCGGAUGUCUUUGAGUUCCUUGACCUCCGCAAGAACCACGGCAAGGAGGAGAUCCGCGCCCGCGACCUCUUCCUUGCUUUGUGGAUUCCCGACUUGUUCAUGAAGCGUGUCGAGAAGAACGGCGAGUGGACGCUCAUGUGCCCCAACGAGUGCCCCGGGCUCGCCGAUGUCUACGGCGACGAGUUCGAGGCUCUGUACGAGAAGUACGAGGCCGAGGGUCGUGGCCGCCUGAAGAUCAAGGCUCAAAAGCUGUGGUAUGCUAUUCUCGAGGCUCAGACCGAGACGGGCAACCCUUUCAUGCUUUACAAGGAUGCUGCCAACCGCAAGAGCAACCAGAAGAACCUGGGUACCAUCCGCAGCUCCAACCUCUGCACAGAGAUCAUCGAGUACUCUGCCCCUGACGAGGUCGCCGUCUGCAACCUGGCCUCUCUUGCUCUGCCGCAGUUUGUCGACUACAACGCGGCCACCUAUGACUUCCAGAAGCUCCACGAUGUCACUCGCGUCAUUGUGCGCAACCUGAACAAGAUCAUUGACAUCAACUACUAUCCUGUCCAGGAGGCUCGCAACAGCAACAUGCGCCACCGUCCCAUUGGCCUUGGUGUGCAGGGUCUUGCCGAUGCCUUCCUUGCUCUGCGCAUGCCAUUUGAAUCGCCCGAGGCAAGACAGCUCAACAAGCAGAUCUUUGAGACCAUCUACCACGCUGCUCUCACUGCCUCCAUGGAGUGCGCUAAGAAGGAUGGUCCUUACUCCACCUAUGAAGGCUCUCCUGUCUCGCAGGGCAUUCUCCAGUACGACAUGUGGAAUGUCACUCCCACUGACCUUUGGGACUGGGCUAGCCUCAAGGAGCAGAUCAAGGAACAUGGUGUGCGCAACAGUCUGCUCGUUGCUCCCAUGCCCACUGCCAGUACCUCCCAGAUCCUCGGCAACAACGAGUGCUUUGAGCCGUACACCUCAAACAUCUACUCGCGUCGCGUGCUUGCCGGCGAGUUCCAGGUCGUCAACCCUUGGCUGCUCAAGGAUCUUGUCGACAUGGGCCUUUGGUCUGACAGCAUGAAGAACCGUAUCAUCUCCGAGGGCGGCUCUAUCCAGAACAUCCCCAACAUCCCUGCCGAGGUCAAGGCUCUGUACAAGACCGUGUGGGAGAUCUCUCAGCGCACCGUCGUCCAGAUGGCCGCUGACCGUGGUGCCUUUAUCGAUCAGUCCCAGUCUCUCAACAUCCACAUGAGGGAGCCUACCAUGGGCAAGAUCACCAGCAUGCACUUCACCGGCUGGAAGCUUGGUCUUAAGACCGGCAUGUACUACCUACGUACUCAGGCUGCUGCUCAGCCUAUCCAGUUCACCGUCGACCAGGAGGCCCUCAAGGUUGCUGACACUUCCUCGAACAAGCUCGGCCAGCUUAAGAAGCGCACUGCUCCUGCCGGCAACUACUCUUCUGCAGCGGCUGCGGCUAUCUCCAGACCCGCCUAUGCCAAGCGUGAGGACUCGACUGGCCUGACCACCACGAGCGCCGCUGAAACCAAUGGCAUCCCCACUCCUAGCAUCACUCCUCCUCCUAUCAAGGCCCCUCGGCCCAUGGCUUCUCCCCACAAGGCGCCUGCUUUCAAGGCCGAUGCUGAGGAAGGUGACAGCCCCAAGGCCCUCGCCACCGAGCCCAAGGGCGAGAUUAAGGCUGAAGAGCUUCCUGAGCCUGCUGUCGAUGCCGCCAAGACCCCUGCUCAGGACGAGGACAAGGCCGACUCCAGCAAGGAGCGGGAGUUCGAUAUCUACGCCGAUGCAGUGCUAGCUUGCAGCAUUGAAAACCCCGAGUCGUGCCUGAUGUGCAGUGGUUAAGCUGCAUAUCACUACACGGCGCAAGCGCGAAUGAAUGAGAUGGCAUGAUUAUUUUUGAUGAGGCAUAAUAUGGACAAGCAUGAGAGAUGUAUUUUGAUACCAAUGGCCACGCCUAUGACCAGCCCAAGAGGUCUAUUAGGAGGCGUGGCGAGAGACACGAGUGCGCAUCACUGCAUAUGAUGACGGCAAAGCUACCGACCGGACAGGGGUGGUUUUUAUUGCUUGGACAAGGCUUGGGUUCUGCUUGUAUUUCGACGGUGUUUUUUUCGCUUAGCAUUUUAGGGUCUUGCUUGUAGUUGUUUAAACGCUCACACAUGGAGAUAGUUUCAUGGAUCUUUCAUCACGAUAGAUAUGUCAACUUCUGCAAGAUAUUGUGA